GAGCGCUGACUGCAUCGUCUAAAGGCUGAUUCAGCAUUUACUUGUCCGUGUGAUUACGUUUAAAUAAUGAAUAAAGAUUAACCACUGUUUAUAAUAAAUGUAAUAGUACAUCUAAUCUUAUUCAUUUUAGGAAAUUACUUCAACGUAGUGCAAACAUUAGAAGCAGUGACUCCGAUGCUGUCGGCUUCGAAACCUACUGCUUUGUGGACAAAAAUGCCCUGUAUGGGUAAGAGGAAGUACAUUCCAACACACGCGGAAGCGGAACAGGACGCAGCUGAUUUCUCGGGAAUGUUCAUAGAUGUAUCAUCUACCUAUCGAAGAAAAAUGAUGCAAAAACACCAAAACUUUUGCAUCCAGAAAGAGUUAUGAUUUUAACCACCUUCUGGGUAAAUCGGGUUCAGGCUUUCAAUAUAUUCCACAAGAUGCAUCCACACAAAAUCAACUGAAUCCUCCAGCUUCUGUCUCUCAGCCAUUAGACACAUUUCGCCUCCGACCUGAACCUACAAAACCGCCGCAGGACUUUCAAGAAGCAGUGAACCGACUGUCCUCUCAACAAUAUCGGCAGCCUCAACCAAUCUUCGAAGUUAUCAGUUAAUUUAUCAAAAUAUCGAUAGGACGGUUUCGCGCACCGUACAACUCGAGUCAAAGUGCUAUCAAAUAAUUUUUUUUUAUUAAUUCGUUUAUUUUUACAGGCUCAGUUACUUAAGUUUAAAGGAGCCGAAUUCUUAAAUAUAUUUUUAAAACUAUAUAUAUAUAUAUAUAAACUAUUUUCUUACAUCUAUGGUUAGUAAGGUGGAAAACCGAUUACUCGCGGUGUACUCGAGUUUAGAAGGGUGACAUAUUUUUAGGAGAAGGAUGGGAUAUAAGGAAAUUGUAACAAUGUUGAUGAACACUCAAUUCUUAAAUCUAUUCGUAUAUCUAUAGUUUAUUUACAUGUCAACUUAUUCUACUAUUUAUAGCAAGGGGACGAAUUACUCGCAAAGGAAGGAAAGGAGGGUAUAAGGAUGUAGGGACAAUCACACACGAAGAUCUAUAGCUUUAAGGAAAACAUAUAUAUGGGACAUGUAAUCAAGGUCUAACCGAGCCAACACAUCUCUCACCGGCACAUUGGGCUGUCUUCCUCGGGCCCGAAGGGAGUUUUCUAAAUUCGAUCUGGCGACCAGAUACACCUCGCACGACCAAACAACGUGCUCGAUGUCGUGAUAACCUUGGCCACAAACGCAGAGAUUGCUGCUGGCAAGAUUGAAACGGAAGAGUAGUGCAUCUAACGAACAGUGAUUGGACAUGAGUCGGGAGAAGGUGCGAAUAAAGUCCCGACUCAAAUCCAGACUUUUGAACCACGGUUUGAGGCUAACCUUUGGGAUAAUCGAGUGAAACCACCGGCCCAAUUCAUCUUCAUUCCACUUGCGUUGCCAGUUAGCGAUGGUAUUUUUGCGAACUAAAGAAUAAAAUUCAUUGAAGGCGAUUUGACGCUGAUAUAUAUCGCCUUCAAUUGCACCUACCUUUGCCAAUGAGUCAGCCCUCUCAUUACCCGGAAUUGAGCAAUGUGAAGGGACCCAGACAAAGGUAAUGACAUAACAGCGUCUGGAUAAAGCACUCAAAAUUUCUCGUAUUCUCUCAAGGAAGUACGGCGAGUGCUUUUCCGGCCUCACUGAACGGAUAGCUUCGACAGAGCUAAGACUAUCCGUUACAAUGUAAUAGUGUUCAACAGGUCGUGAGGCGACGCUGUCCAGCGCCCAGUAUAUCGCUGCCAAUUCAGCAACAUAUACCGAGCAAGGAUUCUGAAGACUGUGUGAGGUGCUAAAAAAUACGUUGAACACUCCAAAUCCUGUGGACUCAUUCAUAGAGGACCCAUCAGUAAAGUAUAUAUUAUCACAAUUGAUACGCCCAUACUUUGCAUUGAAGAUUGUAGGAACUAACCCCAAUCUAAGAUAAUCUGGAUUUUCAUGGAUUUUCUCCUUCAUGAACAGAUCGAAAUGUACAGAGGAAUUGAUGUAGUCAGGAAAACAAACACGGUUGGGAAUAUACGAAGAAGGAACAACCUGCAUAGAGGUGAAUUGUGUGUGUGCGUAGUAGAAUGAAGUGCACGUAAAAAUAUUCCGUCUCGGUACAAACAGUGAAACAAGCUACUUUUCCCAACUGUAAAAUCGCCGAAUGCUGACCAAUUCACCGAUUUAGUGUACCAAUUCGUGUCGUGUCGUUUCAUGCAAAUAUAUACGGUAGUUACCGUGUAAAAGAUCAUUUUCUUUAUUUGUGCAACCGCAGAACGACAAUUGUGUGGGGUACAAAGAGACAAAGAUUCGAACAGUUAUCUAAGUUGUGUGCGCCAUCGAUACCAACAUGACUGAAAAAGAUAGUCAAAUGCGUCUACGGAGUGACCUAGCACGAUCUGGUGGUAGGAGUACUGAAGCCGAUAUGACUGUAGCAGACCUUGCCAAUCUUAUGCAAUCACAACUAGCCAGUUAUCAACGUACAGUGAAGGAAGACUUCAAAAAGCUCGGAGAUUCCCUGUCGUCGCUUACAACACAGAUGAGCAAAUUGCGAAAAGAAAUUACUUCGGAUAUUGAGAAGCUGCGAGAUGAGAACAACCGCACAUUUGACAAGUUAACUUCGUCAAUCGAUGCCGCAAAGAAGGAAACAUCGCUGGCAUUGGAUAGAUCUGCUCGAAUAAACGAUCUUGUGGUGAGCGGAGUCCCGUAUGUGGACGGAGAAAACCUGUUAUCAUAUUUUCACACAUGGUGCAAAACGUUCGGCUAUACUGAGACAAAUUAUCCGCUUGUCGAUAUCCGUAGACUCUCCAAGGGAAUGCUAACGGCUGGAAGCGUGUAUACGAUCCUGAUACAAUUUGCCAUCACUGUCCAGCGUAACGACUUCUACUCUCGGUAUCUUCGCUCACGUUCACUGUCGCUCUCUGAUAUCGGUUUUUCGGUUGCCAAACGAAUAUAUAUCAACGAAAAUUUGGGACCCAACGUCAGAAAACUACGAUCCAAGGCACUACAACUGAAGAAGGAUGGGAGGCUGCGAGGAGUAUUUACACGGAAUGGUAUCCUAUUUGUGAAGAGAACUGGCGAUGAGAAAGAGAUCGUCAUAUCCACGGACGAUGAUUUUCAUCUAUCGUGAAACCCUUCCUAAUGAAUUAUUGUUUAUCCUUCUUUCCUUCCCUCUCUUCCAUGAUUCCCCUCCUGAAAGUCGGUUCGCGUUGCUGCUGUUGCUGCCAAAUGAUAUUCUGCUGCUGUGUGAGAUCUGUUGACUGUUCCUGUAUACGGCGAUCCAUAUAUUUCUUGUUUCUGUUUGUGCCAAAAAAAUAUGAUGUUGAUGCUUUUUCUAGGAUGUUUGUUAUAAUGAAGAAUGUAGAUUUUUACGAAAUGCUCUUUUAUUAUCCUCCUUUGAUAGCUAAGUCCUUCUAUUUAUCCAAUGGCUAAUAAUUCCAAUUCUAACACCUCGACAAACUGGUGCAUUCCAGGUACUGUGAUGAAAUCUGCGUUAAUUAAAAAUAAGCUCUCUGUAUGCUGUGUGAAUUGUCAAAGUAUUUGUGCUCGUGCGCUUUGCAAGAUUGAGGAAUUGCGUCUGAUUGUUAAAAUAAGUAAUGUUGAUAUACUGUGUGUUAGUGAAACGUGGUUGAAUGAGAAUAUUGACAAUUCUAUUAUAUCCAUUGAUGGAUAUAAUAUUGUUCGACAUGACAGAGUAGGUCUUUUGGGAGGUGGUGUAUUAAUUUACAUAAAAAAUGGUAUAACCUGCAAUUUGAUCAUGAAGUCCAAUAAUCAAUUCAGAGUGACUAAUACUGAAUUUAUCACAAUUGAAGUACUUCUGGAAAACGAAAAAAUACUACUGACUGCGCUUUACAACCCACCAGAAAUAGAAUGCAAUGAAUCACUUGAACAUUUGUUAUUGACAUAUGGAAGUUUAUACAACUUUAUUUAUUUCCUUGGUGAUUUUAACACUAAUCUCUUAGUAAACUCACCGAAGUCGGAUAGGUUACGUAACGUGCUAUCUACACAUUCGGUACAAUGCUUGGGAAGCGAGCCAACGUUUUUUCAUCGGAACGGUGCAUCACUGUUGGACUUGAUUUUGACCAACGAUGCUUCUAAAGUUUUGAGAUUCAACCAGAUAGAAGUUCCUGUGCUGUCCAACCACGAUCUUGUAUUUGCAUCUCUUGAUUUUAAUCAUAAUUUAUGUCCAAGGAACAUUCAGUUCCGUGAAUAUAAUGCCAUACAGUUUGACUCAUUGAUAGAUGUUUUUCACUCAGCAGAAUGGAGUUAUUUUUACAACACAUAUAACUCCAACCAAAAAUUGGAGUUUUUCAAUAAUUUGUUAACGGAUUUACACGAUAUGUUCGUCCCUAUUCGUACAAUCUACUCUAAGAAGAAGGUCAAUCCUUGGUUCAAUUCUACCAUAAGUAGAGAAAUUGUUAAUCGUGAUUUGUUAUAUAAGAGAUGGAAACAUCUUAAAAACCCCAAUGCUCUUCUUGAUUUUAAAAGAGCACGAAACAAAGUAAAUGAGCUCAUACGAUCUGCCAAACGAAACUAUUUUUCAGCCAGGCUAAACACGAGUUUGCAAACAAAAGAAUUAUGGAAAAAUGUCAAGAAGCUAGGAAUUAAAACACCGGAGACAAAAACUGUCAUUAAGUUCACUGCUGAUGAAAUCAAUCACUCUUUUUGCAGAAAUUUUACUGAUAAUCACACAAUAAUUCAUAAUUCUAAUGAAUCAACGUAUGUGGAGCGUGAAUCUUUUUACUUUGAUAGUAUCAACCAAGAAGACGUUAUUUAUGCCAUGAAUGCAAUCAAAUCAAAUGCUCUUGGGCUAGAUAUGUUGCCAUUAAAAUUUUUGAAGGUUAUUUGUCCGAUAUUAAUUGAACCAAUAACGCACCUAUUCAACCACAUAGUUACUACGAGCGUGUUUCCAGAUGCUUGGAAAAAAAACCAAAGUUAUACCCAUAAAGAAAAAAACCCAUUUGAGCUCAUUGGACAACUUGAGACCUAUCAGUAUCCUUUGUGCAUUAUCAAAGGUGUUCGAAAAAAUAAUCAAAAUUAAUAUAAGUAAUUAUAUAAAAAGAUAUGACCUGUUAAGUCCAUUUCAGUCCGGCUAUCGAGCGAAACACAGUACAAAAACAGCAAUGCUCAAAGUAUUUGAUGUUAUUGGAGUCGUGAUUGACAACGGAAGGCCAGUAGUCCUAGUUCUUUUAGAUUUUUCCAAAGCGUUUGACACCGUUUCUCAUGAAAUACUGUGCCAAAAAUUAAAAACGAAAUUUACAUUUUCAGAUCAUGCAGUUAACCUAAUUAAAUCGUAUCUGUGUUCAAGAUCGCAGGUGGUUUUCAAUAAUGGAGUUUUUUCGUCAUUUCUUUCCAUAACAUCAGGAGUUCCUCAGGGCUCAAUAUUAGGACCCAUUUUAUUCUCCUUAUACAUAAAUGACCUCCCUUGUGUAAUUCAAAAUUGCGAAAUCCACCUCUUCGCCGAUGAUGCGCAAAUAUAUUACAAUUGUUUAGGAAAAUGUGCAAUUAAAAUAUCUCAGGAAAUUAAUGAAGACAUAGUGAGAAUUUAUGAAUGGGCGUGCAAAAAUAAACUAGCACUGAAUGCUAAUAAAACAAAUGCAAUUUUUAUUGGUGGUUCUUUAAACGAUUCACUAAAACCGGUUUUGUUGUUGAACAAUGAGAUUGUUCAAUUCGUCGACAGCGCAAUCAGUUUAGGUAUACGUAUCGAAUCAAACUUCGAAUGGGACAAUCAUGUAAUGUCACAAUGUGGAAAAAUAUAUGCCUGUUUGCGAACUCUUUCCAGAACUUCUUCAUUCUUAUCCACUGCUACAAAACUGAUGCUAUUUAAAAGUUUAAUUCUCCCGUAUUUUAUAGCAUGCGAUUUUUUACUUGACUCUAUUUAUGUGGCGACCUUCAAUAAAUUAAAGGUCGCCUUAAACUCAUGUAUACGCUACGUUUUUAAUUUAAGUCGGUAUUCUAGCGUUUCACAUCUGCAGCAUAUACUUAUUGGAUGUCGAUUAAUACAUUUCAGCAAACUUCGUUGUUGCCUUCUUUUGCAUAACAUCGCGAGUACAAAACAACCGAAUUAUUUGCACAGUAAACUUCAAAUUAUGAGGAGCAAUCGUUACAAAAAAUACAUAUUACCGCGGUAUCGUACAACCAAGUACGGGAACUCAUUUUUUGUUCGAGGUGUCGUACAUUGGAAUUCAUUACCUGUAUAUCUUUCCAAUCAAAAAUCAUUCUUAGCUUUCAAACGAGGAUGUAAAGAGUAUUUCAGUUAAGUUAGUAUAUUUGUGUAUUGUAAAGAGCAUUUUUUGAUAAGAAAUUUUUAAUAUUUUGUAUAACUUAAAACUCGUAAAUCCAAAUUGAUAAAUGGCACUUUCUACUAGGAACAACUCAAUGUAACAUAAAAAAGACUUGGUCUUACGUUGCAAAAUAAGAAUAAAUAUGAAAUGAAUGAAUUCAUGAUAUGAACUCAUGAAUCUAGAAUGAAAAUUUAGCUCGAUCAAUUGCUCAAAAUUUCCGAUCACCAAUGGAUUCAUAACCUUACACCGGAUGAGGAACCGAAGAGAUAAUAAAUUGAAGCGAUCUUUUAGUGGGAGUACGCCUGCCAAAACCUCGAGACUCAUGGUAUGCGUUGAGGGCAUACAUCCCAACGCAAUACGGAGACAAAGAUACUGAAUUCGCUCGAGUUUAAUGAGGUGUGUUUUGGCAGCUGAUUGAAAACAGAAACUGCCAUACUCCAUCACUGAGAGAAUAGUUGUUCGAUACAACAUAAUAAGAUCUUCGGGAUGGGCUCCCCACCAGGUGCCGGUAAUUGUACGGAGAAAGUUUAUUCUUUGUUGACAUUUUUUACUCAGAUACCUAAUAUGGGCCCCCAAGUACAUUUGGAGUCGAACCAGACCCCAAGAUACUUGAAUGACACAGCAUGAGUGAUCGGUUUACCCAAAAGUUGAAGCUUUGGUUUUGCUGGUCUAUGCUUCCUAGAAAAAACCACCAUCCUUGUUUUCUCCGUGGAGAAUUCGAUCCCUAGCCCAAUGGCCCAGGUUGAAAAAUUGUUCAAAGUAUCUUGUAAGGGUCCUUGCAGGUCGGAUUCGUUUGAUCCUACGACAGACACCACUCCAUCAUCUGCAAGUUGUCUUAGGCUGCAAUUUUGUGUAAGGCAAUUGUCGAUGUCGCUUACAUAGAAGUUGUACAAAAGGGGGCUUAAACAUGAGCCCUGGGGGAGGCCCAUGUAAGAGACCCGACUUACUGCCGAAUCUCCGUGAGAAAAGUUCGAAUGUUUCUCACAAAGCAAGUUAUAUAACAUAUUAUUCAAUAGAGGCGGCAGACCCCGAGAGUGUAAUUUGUCUGACAAAACCUCUAUUGAAUCAAAGGCCCCCUUUAUGUCCAAGAAUACUGAAGCCAUUUGUUUUUUUUCGGCGUAAGCCAUUUGAAUUUCUGAAGAAAGCAACGCAAGACAAUCAUUCGUCCCCUUGCCCCUGCGGAACCCAUAUUGUGUAUCUGAGAGUAGGCCAUUCGUUUCAACCCAUCGAUCAAGGCGAAACAAGAUCAUUUUCUCCAACAAUUUCCGUAUACAAGACAGCAUUGCUAUUGGGCGGUACGAAUUGAAGUCGGACGCGGGUUUUCCGGGUUUUUGAAUAGCUAUAACUCGUACUUGUCUCCAAUCAUCUGGAACAAUAUUAUGCUCCAGAAACCGAUUGAAUAAGUUCAACAAGCGAUGUUUCGCCACAUUAGGGAGAUUUUUCAACAAGUUGAACUAAAUUCUAUCCGAUCCCGGAGCAGAAUUGUUACAUGAAAGGAGAGCAAGAGAGAAUUCUACCAUCGAAAACUCGGAAUCAAGAUCGCACCUAUCUUGUGGUAUAUCUCGAACAAUUUUUUGCACAGGAGCGGAAUCAGGACAAACCUUCCGUGCAAAAUUCAAAAUCCAUCGAUGUGAAUAUUCUUCGCUUUCAUUCGUUGAAGAGCGAUUUCUCAUGUUUCGAGCCACUUUCCAUAAUUUUUGACGUAGGACUACGUCUUUCAUUUCUAUACCGGGGUGUAAAACCAAAGUUUCGAGAACGAAAGCGUUACGCUGGAGACCGAGAUUUUGAGCGUUAAUAGCUCUUAAACAACUGAACGAAAUGGUAUGAUUAACACUUCAUUUGAAAGAUAAAAUGUCUACGCGUCAUAUACUUGUUACUUUUUCAUCCAAAAACUUGUUUCAAUAGUCUUAAAAUUGCUUUCAAAACAGGCUAUUGAAAUCAUCAAUCGGUAUAUAAGCGAGCGCCGCUCGUAAACCCACUCAGUUAUGAUUGAACAUCGAUUGGAGCAUGUUGUCGCUGUUGUUGUGAAGCUAAUUUCGUUUAUCAUGAAAACGCUGAUGAACGGUGUCACCAAGAGCCUGUUUGUGCACCUAAGGCCAAAAGGGAAUCCAUCAGGAGGAGAGUGAUGCCACGGUUCCGCUUGAAACAUCGGAGCAUCCGCCACACACACACACACACACACACACACACACACAUACACGCGCGGAAUUCUCGUUGCUAUCAUCGUUGCUGAAAAAUAAUCUGCCAGUUCCCCUGGGAAUUGAAAAAUACAUUCAUGCGAAAGAGUUUAUUUUAAUGUUUUCUAUCCAUAUAACACUGCAACCAAAUACAUUUGGUUUUGUUAUUUUUCAAUCAAUCGCAAUUAACAGGAAAGCUUCUGAAUAUUUUUUUUCCCCAUCAGUGGAAAUUUUCGUAUCCAAUAUUGGAUGCAUAACAUGAAAAACGGAAAAUGUUUCACAUCGCGAAAAUCAAGUCAUUUUCGAGCGAUUAUUUGCUUUCUACUCAUAUAAAUCUGCGACCAAAUACAUUUCGUUUUGGAUUUUUUCAAUCAAGUGCGAUCAACGUAAGACCACGUCUUUCGGCAACGCGAAAACGACAAACGGGAGAAAGAUACGUUUGGAGGUUGAAGGAAAUUGGCAGAAAACUUCUUCAUUCUAUCAUUCAAAUAAUGUGAUUCAUACCACAUCGUUUUGCCAGAAAGAGAUUAUUAAUGUUCAAAGGAGGAAUCGAAUCCUCCGAGGAAAUUACUCAGCGCAAAUUAGAGUCGACUAUCGAUUGCGGCAUUCGUACACAAAUAAUUUUAUAAUGCAGUUUCACCAAAGUGAUUUCUUCGAUAUGGGGAUAUAUUCACUACAUCAUGUCAUGUAUUUCAUAUUCUUCAUUAAGAAAUCCAUAUC